UCUGCAGCUGUACGUGGCUCUUGCUCUAGUGCAGGAACGGCUGGGGCGAUAUCUGUAGUUAGUAUAAGCAUUGAUAGAGUCGGACACGGAGCUACACGGAAAUACCGUCAACACGGCGACUAAACCCACCAGCAUCUAAAGACACGAUGAGUAACGGAAUAUCACUAGAUGAGAAGCUGGUGCAGCAGCUGGUGGCCGCUGCAUCCACUGCAAUGAAGGCUUCCUACUCUCCCUACAGCAAGUUUCCCGUCGGCUCAGCCGUGCUCUGUGCCGACAACUCCAUAGUGACAGCGGGGGACACUGGUUUCUGUGACGAUCCGAAGAGUUGCUUCGUCAUACUGACUAAACCAGAUGGUAGCUUCCUCGUCAAAUCUCUAGAGGAGCUCUUACCCUACAGCUUUGGACCGGAGAGCUUGCUGAGCGAUUAG